GCCAUUUUCUUUCACAUCAUCCAAGGCUUUGAAAAAACCACACAUAAAAGUACCAUCGGACAUUGUUGAACCCGAUACGGGAGGACGCCAUUAAACAAAUAUUUCAUUAAAAAUACAAGAAAAAAAAAAAACUGAAAAGAAACGAAACGACAAAACAUUUUUUGUAAUGUGUGCUUGUAGUUAUUUGAUAAUUUGUAAAACCUGAUAGUUUUUUUUCGGUUUUGCGGGAUUGUUUUUCAACUCCAAGUGGAAAAAAAAGUUAUCAAAAAAAGAGUUAUCAGUGUAUCAGAGCUUGGAUAAAACUGCUUGCGUGUCAAAAUGGCAGACCUCGACACCGCAGUUGAUUAUAAUUUGGUUAAUUUUUGUGAAUCUGCUGAUGAUCGUAAUGAAAAUAUGUUGGAUGAGCUUGAAAACUACCAACAGCAUCCACAACAACAACAGCAACAACAACAAACAGAAGACAACAAUGAAAUGGUGCCAUUGAAUGCAUCAUCAUUUCGUUGGAAGCGUGUCGUAAAUCCGACGGGACCUCAACCAAGGCCACGUCAUGGACAUCGAGCGAUAAAUAUUAAAGAACUUAUGGUCGUAUUUGGUGGAGGAAAUGAGGGUAUCGUUGACGAAUUACAUGUAUAUAAUACGAUUGGUAAUCAAUGGUUUGUGCCAGUUAUGAAAGGUGAAGUUCCACCUGGUUGUGCGGCAUACGGUUUUGUUGUCGAAGGAACACGAAUGUUUGUAUUUGGAGGAAUGAUUGAGUACGGAAAAUACUCAAAUGAGCUUUAUGAGCUUCAAGCCACAAAAUGGGAAUGGCGUAAAAUGGCUCCCGAAAUGCCAGAUAAUGGACUACCGCCAUGUCCAAGAUUGGGCCAUAGUUUCACAAUGGUUGGAGAUAGAAUAUUUUUAUUUGGUGGAUUGGCUAAUGAAAGUGAUGACCCUAAGAACAACAUUCCCAAAUACCUUAAUGAUUUAUAUAUUUUGGAAACAAGAGGAAACUAUUCGGUGAAUGGUAAAUGGUUGAUACCAAAAACAUAUGGCGAGAGUCCUCCACCUAGAGAAUCUCAUACAGGUGUAGCAUAUACAUGUAAAAACACUGGCCAGUUAAACCUCUUAGUUUAUGGUGGAAUGAGUGGAUGUAGACUAGGAGACUUGUGGCUUCUCGAUAUAGAGUCUAUGUCUUGGACCAAACCAAUCACAAAGGGAAGAGCACCUUUACCUAGAUCUUUGCAUAGUGCCACAAUGGUGGGCAAUAAAAUGUAUGUUUUCGGUGGCUGGGUACCGCUGGUAGUAAACGAUUCAAAAGCAGCAACCGAACGAGAAUGGAAAUGCACAAACACAUUGGCAGUGCUAGACUUAGAUUCAAUGAACUGGGAAGAUAUUACAUUAGAUACAGUCGAGGAACAUGUUCCUCGUGCGAGAGCUGGGCACUGUGCUGUGGGUAUUCAAAGUCGUCUUUAUGUAUGGUCGGGUAGAGACGGGUAUCGUAAAGCUUGGAACAACCAGGUCAGGGUAUGUUGUAAGGAUCUGUGGUAUUUGGAAGUGUGUAAACCACUUUAUGCCGUAAAAGUGGCCCUAGUUCGUGCCUCUACGCAUUCAUUAGCUUUAUGUUGGACAGCUACAACCUUUGCAAGUGCUUAUGAACUGCAAACUCAAAAAAUUGAACCAAUAGCACCACCUUCUAAACCAGCAGCUCCAGCGGUCACAAUAAUGACACAAACAGUUCAGCAGCCAAACAGUUGCAAUACGACUGCAAAUGGAAAUGGUAUAAAGCAAGUGCAUCUAAUACGGCAAGGAAAUAAUCCGCAUUUCCAACAACAAAUAAAUCCGAUACUAGCCUCUCCGCAGCAACAACAGCAGCCUACCCCAGUUCAAAGCCAAGCACAGGCCCAACAAAUGCCAUUGCCACAACCUCAAACAGUUGGCAUACGACAGCAAGUUACAAACGUAACACAGUCCCAAACUCAAAUCAUAUCACAACCUCAACCAGUUCAACAACAACAACAACAACAACAGCAGCAACAACAACAACAGCAGCAACAACAACAGCUGUCAUCAAUAAGCCCAGUUGUUACCAUUUCUCCUCAAUGUACAGUAUCUACUGGUGUUUCAAUGACGACGUCGAUAGUAGUAGCCUCUCCAGCAGUUUCUUCAACAGCAAAAAUUAUAACUCCACCAAAUACUCCAACAAACUCCAUUCAGACUAUCGUUUCAGCCCCAAUUACAGGGACCGUUCAGGGAGGCACAGUUUUGCAAAAAUUUCGACCAACUACGGUUCUUUCAAGGGCCGCAAAUACAAAUUCGUCUGCUGCAACAGGUUUAAGAGUAGUAUCUGGUAAUCCUCCAGUACGUAUUCUUUCAGGCGGUCAAGCAGUUCGCAUCGCAACAACUCAGGGCUCAUCGACAACAAUUUUAAAAACAUCCACAGGUCAGACUGUCGGCACUCCGACAUCAAUUGCAACAGCAACCACAAUAGGUGGUAAGCAAUACUUCAUACAAAAACCGUUGUCACUCGGCCAAAAUGUACAAUUUCAAUUGAUUAAAACAAGUACGGGAGUAGCAGUGCAAACACUGCCCAAAGUAAAUGUUUUAAAAAAUAUACCUGGCGGUGCAGUUGGUCAAAGUCAAGUGCAAACCGUACAAACGUCUCAGUCAAACACAAUCACAAAACCAACCGUUGUAACGGGCAAUCUAGUUAAGUUGGUCUCACCGGGUGGCAAAAUCGUAAUGAAAAAUCCAAUAGUGCCAAUUGGUAAAGUGGGCGGGAAUGUCACUGGCAAGCCAGCAUUUGUUAUAACUAAUAAACAGGGCCAACAAAUAAGGCCAAAUCAACAGAUUAUAAUUGUGACAACUGGUUCAGCUAUUCGUACCGUUAAUACGGGGGUUGUAACAUCAGCGGGCGGUAAUAUAGUUUCCAUUGUUGGUUCACAAUCAAACACAAUAACAUCGAGUGGAACAGGUUCGGUUACAGGAACAGGAGUCACAGACGCUGGCACUGUAACACAAACUGGUGGCAUGAAAAUGCUACGUGGAGUAACAAGUGCAAGUGGCCGACCAAUUACUCUUACUCUUCCAACAAACAUCAACCAAGCCAAACCAACACAGGGUGGACAAAUUUUACAGCAAUUCCCUCAAAAGACAAUAACAUUGGGUGGCAAAGCUGUCACUGUUCAAAUGGCAAAUAGUUCCGCUGGUGUACCUAAAACAGUUACAAUUGUGUCUUCGGCAAACGCUGUUUCAGGUGCUGGAACUGUUACUCUUACAACGGGAGCUCAGGGCAAACUAGUUAUGAUGCCCAACAAAAAGAAUUUCGUUUUUGGAACCAAUUCAAACACUGCAGGUACUUCGGCUGGUGCAAUCGGAAUUCAUAAGUCGACAAUUCAAAACAUUCAGCAGCAAACAAUUGUAUCGCAGCAAAAAGUUGUAACUCAUGAAAAUAAUGAAACGACAACCAUGUCAAACGCGGUAUUUGCAAAUGAUAAUACUUUUAUUGAAGGCGAUCCAAUGGAUGACAUUAUUGAGCAGCUGGACGGAGCCGUGGAUAAUUUAAGUGGUGACCUAAAUGAAGAUCUACCUUCUUCUGAUGCUGAUGAUUCUGGAUCAGUACGAAUCAAUGAAUUAAUGCACAAAGUAAAGCAUUCAAUUAAUUUCAAAGCAAAGAACACUAUCAGUAGUGGCAUUAAGCCGAAAUAUUUUAAACUAGGAUUAUUUGGCGGAAAAGGUGGCAAUGGAGGUGUUGGGCCAUUAAGCCAAAAUGAUUCAGAAGCAGAAAGCACAAGCAACGAGCAGCAAGUAGAAAUACAACUUGACCGGCAAAUCUGUCCCGAUCAGCCGGUAUGUAGUUCGUCAAUAUCCGAAUCGGGUGAAAAUGUUGCUGAUGCAAUGGACUUUCAGCAACCAACAAGCACGACAGACGCAGAUGCAGAUAUCGCAAAUCAAGAAAAUGUUAUACAGUCAUCAGCUGUUGGUGGUGGUGUCAGUGGUAGUGUUGGCAUGGAUGAACCAACUCCUGAUACUACCGAGGGACCAAAUACAACAGAAUUGCAAAGUGCUGCGAACGAAAUAAACAAUCAAAACAACGAAGCUAUAGCUGCUGAUAUCUUUAAUGCAAUCGAAGAAGGUAGUUUGCAAACUUCUUCCUCAUCUACACCCAACAAAAUAGACGAGAAUGCAAGUAAAAGCUCAUUGUUUGGAGCAACACCAACAGCAUCAGAAACUGAAGCGGCAAAUAUUUUAACCACAAUAAAAAGUGGAGAAAUGUUACAAAAAAGUCCAGCUAAUCAAUGUCCCGAUGAGUCUUCAAUGCAAGUUGAUCUUCAAAAAGAUGUAGUUCCCUCAGAGGGUGAUUCUCCUCAAACUUCGCUUAACGGUCGUCUGGAUGCGCUUGCUUCUGCAGCUGUUCUACAAGCUGUUAUGCAAGCAAACACUCUUCGUCAAAGAGACACAUCUUUUCAAGUAUUUGGAAGCCCUAAGAGUGCGACUAGUGGAGGAGCAGCAACUCAACAAGAAUCUGGCGUAAUGGAUAUCAUCAAUUUUGCAUGUCAAGCACAGGUUGAAUCACAGCAAAACAUUCAACAGGAUCAACAGCAACAACAGUCUCUUGUUGGCAUAUCAUCAAAUACACAUAAAAAAGCGACUGAAUUGACGGUGACUUCAAAUAUGACACAAAACUCAAUAACUAACAGUGAUAUAAAUAUGGUGGCUGAUAACAAGCAAUUAUCGAUAACACCUUCAACAGGAAAUUCCAACACCGGUAGCAUGGUUCAAUCGAAUAUUCGUCUAGGAAGUUCAUCGUCGUCUCCAGCAGCAGCAUCAACGAUCAAUCAAGGAAAUCGACGAAAUCAAAAAACCAAAACUCAAAGUUCCGCACAAAUAAAAGUGCAUAGCGAAAACAUUGAGCCUAUUCGAAGUGAUCCGAACUCCAAAUGGCACACAGUUGGGAUAUUUAAAAGUUUGUCCCACACUGUAACAAGCUAUAUUGAAAACAUCCAUUGGAAUGAUUCAAUGUUUGAUACUUAUGAUUCAGAUAAUCUACCAGACUUGUCUGAAUAUCCUCGAAUAAAUCUUGAGCCUGGUACAGGAUAUCGUUUCCGAUUAGCAGCAAUUAACACCUGUGGCCGAGGAGAAUGGGGAGAAGUUUCCAGUUUUAAAACAUGUUUACCUGGUUUUCCAGGUGCCCCAUCUGCAAUUAAAAUUUCAAAAUCACCAGAAGGAGCUCAUCUUACAUGGGAACCACCACCGUCACAAAAUACUGGUGAAAUUAUCGAGUACUCUGUUUAUUUAGCUGUGAAAUCUACACCAAAGGAUAAAAUGCCUCCUCCGCAAUUAGUUUUUGUGCGUGUAUAUGUAGGUGCAACAAAUCAAUGUACAGUUGCGAAUAAUUCGUUGGCUACAGCUCAUGUGGAUUGUUCUAAUAAACCAGCUAUUAUCUUCCGAAUUGCUGCCCGAAAUGAGAAAGGAUAUGGUCCAGCAACGCAAGUUAGGUGGCUUCAAGAUCCAGUUUCUUCCAAACAGACAUCAUCUUCACCAAUGUCCCCAGCGUUGAAACGUAUUCAAGAUAAAGGAACUGGCUCACCAGUGUCGAACAAACGUCCUCGAGGGUCAGCCACAAACGUUAAAGUCAUGCCAAAUUCACCCAGCGCUGAUUAGCUUAUAAGAUUUAUCAGUUGCUCACAAUUCAAUAACAAUUUAAAUUAAUUUAUAAGUGUAUGCUGUUAUAAUAGAAUUGAUUUUUAUUUCUUUUUUUUUUUUUUUAAUUCAACUUUACAGAAUAAUUUUGUUAAGCUUAAACUAAAAUUUCAAUGGAAAGAUAAUGUGAUUUCUAUUUUAUUUUUAAUAUUUUUUUUAUGGAAGAGUGUUGUUAUAUUUGAGGAGGAGGGAGGAAGGGAGGGUGUUGUUACAAUUUUGAGGGUAACUAAUUGCUUUGAUGUUUUUAUUAAGGUGAGCUUUCACCUGAGAUGUGGAUUUAUUUUGAGGUUUUUGCACCGAUAUAUUGGUCAUAGAUUAUAAAUAUAUCUUUUUAUUUAUCGACCCUGGGAAGUCAAAAUUAAAAUUUUCUAAGAAAAAAAAAAGACUUAUUGCAAAACAAGAGAUAAUUCAUACGAUUUUAAGUUCUAAGAUCAUAUUAUUCAUAUUAUACACAAGUUUAAAGUUCGGCAAAAUUUUUCUGUGAAGUAUUGAAACUUAUAUAUAUAAUAUAAGAAAAAUCUCUCGCAUGAGAGCUUGAUCUAUGAAAAACGAUGUCUUCGCGGUAAACAUCUCAAAAAGUGUUAAGUUUGCAAUAAUUUAUAAGUUUUGUAUUCUGAAUCUUAUAAUUAUACAAAAAAAAAAUAAAAACAAAAAAAAAAAAACAAAAACAAAA